ACGUUCCAACAUCUUGCUCGUUCCACCGUACCAUGCCCACCACAAGGCCAGGGACGAUGAUGCAUCACCGGCUCGUCCUGUCCGCGGCCGUCGCCGCCGUCGCCGCCGUCGCCGCCGCCAUGCUCGCGCCCGGCACCGCGGGAUACCCGUGGCAGGUUUGCGGCGACGGCAAAUUCGCAGCCGGCACCAGCAAGUACCUGGCCAACAUCAACCUCCUCGCCGCCUCGCUCCCGGGGAACGCCUCGGCGUCCCCGGACCUCUUCGCCACCGCCGAGGCCGGCGCCGCCCCGGACAAGGUCUGGGCCCUCGCGCUCUGCCGCGGCGACGCCAACGCCACGUCCUGCCUCAGCUGCCUCGCGCAGGCCUUCCGCGACCUGCCCAACGUGUGCGACUACAGCCAGGUGGCCACCAUGUACUACGACUCGUGCACGCUCCACUACUCCAACGCCUCCAGCGACCCCGCGCCGGUGGCGGCGCUGACGUAUAGGUACUGGGACUUCACGAAUGUCACGUCGGAGAAGGGCCAGUUCAACCGCCUCGUCGCCCGGCUCGUGAACGCCACCGUGAACUACGCCGCGUACAACUCCACCCGCCGGUACGCCUCCGGGGAGGCCGACUUCGACCGGGAAUUCCCCAAGAUCUACAGCUGGGCGCAGUGCACGCCGGACCUGACCGCGCUGCAGUGCCGGCGGUGCCUCGACAAGAUGAUGGUGCUGUUGCCGAAGUGGUUCGUGGACAGCACAGGGGCCCGAGCUUUUCAGGUCAGGUGCAGCUUCCGGUACCAGACCUAUUCCUUCUUUGAUGGACCUGUCAUGGUGCGGCUGCCAGCACCAUCACCACCGGGCAACGAAGCACUAGCGCCUGCGCCUGCACCUGCACCUGUUGCCGUAACCACGGUUUUGACAACGGCGCCGCCGCCGCCGGCCUCCACAGGAGGGAGAAAAUACAGUGUCCCUGGCAUGGUUCUUAUUAUUCUGCUGCCUACUCUAGCUGCCAUAAACCUUGUGGCUUGCUUCUUUUUCUGGAGAAGGAAGCGGCCACUAGCAAAAGCAAAACAGUCAGAUCCCAGUUAUUUCGCCGACGAGGAGGACGAUGAUGGUGUAGACUCAAUGUUGAUUGACAUUUCAACCUUGCGGGUUGCGACCGGGGAUUUUGCAGAUAGCAACAAGCUUGGUGAUGGCGGAUUUGGUGCGGUGUACAAGGGUAUUCUUCCAGACGGAGACGAAAUAGCAGUGAAGAGACUAUCGAAGAGCUCAACCCAAGGAGUAGAGGAGCUCAAAAAUGAACUCUCCUUGGUUGCAAAGCUUAGGCACAAGAACCUUGUAACACUUCUUGGCGUCUGCUUGGAGCAACAAGAGAGGCUGCUUGUCUACGAGUUCGUUCCUAACCGAAGCCUCGACCUCUUCCUUUUCGAUGCAGAGAAACAUGUAGAACUGGAUUGGGAAAUGAGGUACAAGAUCAUUAAUGGAAUUGCUCGAGGACUGCAAUACCUCCAUGAAGACUCCCAGCUCAGAGUGGUCCACCGUGAUCUCAAAGCUAGCAACAUCUUGCUUGACAAAGAUAUGAAUCCGAAGAUAUCGGAUUUUGGAAUUGCGAGAAUUUUUGGGCAAGACCAGACCCAUGGAAUAACGAACCGUGUCGUCGGCACAUAUGGAUAUAUGGCCCCAGAGUACGUGAUGCGUGGGAACUAUUCCGUGAAAUCUGAUUCAUUCAGCUUCGGCGUCAUGGUUCUUGAGAUUGUGACGGGAAGGAAGAACAAUGAGUACAGUAAUUCUGAGGAAUCCCCAGAUCUUCUGAAUGCGAUAUGGGAGCGUUGGAUGGCCAGAACGGUGUUGGACAUGAUGGAUCCGUGCAUGAACACCAGCUUCUCAGAGAACGGCGUGCUAAGAUGCAUCCAUAUAGGGCUUUUGUGUGUUCAAGAAAAUCCGGCUGAUAGGCCUCUUAUGUCGGCUGUGGUCAUGAUGCUUGGAAGCGAUACGGUGUCUCUCUCCGCCCCAUCUAAGCCGGCGUUCUAUGCCAAGAAGGCUAGCGGCAACUUGGGCAACGCGUCAAGUUAGCACAAUUAACAUGUUCUUGUGUUGACAAAUAAAAGGUGUCGACUCUGUGAGAAGUUUUUGUUACAGAUAUAUUUGGUAAUUAGUGAUUGUGCGGGAUUAUAUACAAAUUGUUUUCAUCUUAUCUCUAGUAGGCUUCUUGCCUUUCAAAUCUUGUACCAA